CUGCUGGCCUUCUGGAUGUACCGACAUCGCAAGCCCCCCUAUGGCCAUCACUUGCUCUUUCAGGACCCUGGGCCUCCACCCCCGUCCCCUUUGGUGGGCCUAAAGCCACUGCAGUUGCUGGAGAUUAAGGCCCGGGGACGCUUUGGCUGUGUCUGGAAGGCCCAGCUCAUGAACGACUUUGUGGCUGUCAAGAUCUUCCCACUCCAGGACAAGCAGUCGUGGCAGAGCGAGCGGGAGAUCUUCAGCACACCCGGCAUGAAGCACGAGAACCUGCUGCAGUUCAUUGCCGCCGAGAAGCGAGGCUCCAACCUCGAAGUGGAGCUGUGGCUCAUCACAGCCUUCCAUGACAAGGGCUCCCUCACGGAUUACCUCAAGGGGAACAUCAUCACAUGGAACGAACUGUGUCAUGUGGCAGAGACAAUGUCACGAGGCCUCUCGUACCUGCACGAGGAUGUGCCCUGGUGCCGUGGUGAGGGCCACAAGCCGUCUAUUGCUCACAGGGACUUUAAAAGCAAGAAUGUAUUGCUGAAGAGCGACCUCACAGCUGUGCUGGCAGACUUUGGCUUGGCCGUUCGGUUUGAGCCAGGGAAACCUCCAGGGGACACCCAUGGGCAGGUGGGCACAAGACGGUACAUGGCCCCUGAGGUGCUUGAGGGAGCCAUCAACUUCCAGAGAGACGCCUUUCUGCGCAUUGACAUGUAUGCCAUGGGGCUGGUGCUGUGGGAGCUCGUGUCUCGCUGCAAGGCCGCAGAUGGACCUGUGGAUGAGUAUAUGCUGCCCUUUGAGGAAGAGAUUGGCCAGCAUCCUUCGCUGGAGGAGCUGCAGGAAGUGGUCGUGCACAAGAAGAUGAGGCCCACUAUUAAGGAUCACUGGCUAAAGCAUGCGGGCCUGGCCCAGCUCUGUGUGACCAUCGAGGAGUGCUGGGACCACGACGCAGAGGCCCGCCUGUCCGCAGGUUGCGUGGAGGAGCGGGUGUCCCUGAUCCGGAGGUCGGUCAACGGCACUACCUCGGACUGUCUUGUCUCCCUGGUGACCUCUGUCACCAACGUGGACCUGCCCCCUAAAGAGUCAAGCAUCUAAGCCCAGGACACAGGGGUCUCUCCAGACUCAGCGGAUCUGAAGAGAAAAGGAAAGAAAAGUUGUGUUUUGUUUUGGAAAUCCCAUAAAACCAACAAACACAUAAAAUGCA